UCGAAGAACGGAAGUUGCCGAAAAACUUUCUCCCAGCCAUUCGCGCUUGACAAGGAAGGUAGUCCAUGUACAACGUCCACCGAUGUGCUGCGUUACGUGGUUCCCUUCUAUCCGACCUUCGUGUCGCCCACUGUGUCCAUUCUCAAGCCGACUCACCCAAACAUAACGACAGGCAGCAAAGAACACCGGCAGGCGUCCAGCGUUCGAAAUUCCAGCGUCAGCCUCAAAAAUUCCACAAACAGCCAUCGCCUCCCGUCGAUUUCGAUUCUGUCGAAACUUUGGCAAAAAGGCUUAUUGAAACAUCUGAUCAGCGUGAAGUCUCGGGAUGGAAACACACAAAAUCACUACGUGGAGACGAAAUGCGUCUAGCUUCCAGCAUAAAAGUGAAGCAGGACAUCCCUCGGUUUUCUACAGAGAAGCAGGCAAUGGAAGCAGUUGAUCCAAUGGAUCGAUUCGAGGCGUUAGCCGAUUACGAGGUAGUUCCAGCAGUCAAGGUAACUCCGGGAACCUUUGUAGAGAUCAGAAGGAAUUCUUGUGUUGCAACUGGCAUUGUCUUGACGAGCUCUAUAAUAGCUCGCCGAGAAGUGACUGUGUCACUAACGGAAAGAGGAGAGAUGUUGCAUCAUCAGCCAGACGACAUUACCUUUGCUGUCCCGGGCGUCGUCUCUGAGGACCUGAUACAACGCAGCGGCCACAGCGAUUUUUCAUCCAAUAACAAGGAACACCAUGCUCGCGUACAGAUCCUCAAACAAUUGAAGGAUAUCGGAUCUUUAGUCAACGACCUUCGAGUCCCUGUACUCACCACCCUUUCCACCUUGUAUCCCACUCUGCGAAACUCCAACCCAGAGAAAUGGGGACUGACCAACAUAUCUGAACUCACAAGAAUGUUCAAACGUAACCCUACGUUUGUUGAUAUCUUCGCCGUCCAUCUCUGGGUGUGGAACAACCUGGAUAAGUUUUCGCCUGCCGCCACUUAUUCCGUUACCCAGAACAUACGCAUCCGUCCCAAGAACCACUACAACCGUAUAAAAAAUAUCACCACUUGGUCUCAUCAGAAGGCCAGUCCCAUCGACUCUUUUGCGAUGAAAGCCAGGCCUGUCAUACAGAAAAGCCGUCGACACCAAGCUGAAUCCAUCGGUGAAUCCCCUUCGUGGAUUCCUGGUAACCAUGAAUGGACGCACACCGACCUUCUGAUCAUUUCGUACCUCUUGGAUGCGCUUCGUGCAGAAGGCGAGGGCCAUAAAGAGCCCUACAUAUUGGGGCAGAGUGCCAUCUUGAAGAAGGUGGACCCUGAUGUUAUCUUGGUAGAUCAGGAUACUAUAUAUCAAACCCUUCUUGGCAUUGGUGUGGCUGCUCCCUGGCAUGACAUGACCGCUAUCACCCCGACGGACGAAGGAGACCCAGAGCAUGAAGCAGCGAUUGUGGCUCGCUCGAUGACUACGGCACCGUCAUCGGAUGUCCUGGGUCCUGAAGAUCUAUACCGCACUGAUCCCCUCCAGGCCGUCCGCCACGAUUUCGGUGACAUGAACGUGUAUGUCAUCGAUGAUCCAACGGCCAAGGAACUUGAUGAUGGUAUAUCUGUUGAGAGAAUACCUACGGAACCCGAUGCCUAUUGGCUCCACGUCCAUAUCGCCGACCCAGCCUCUCUUAUUCCGCCGACACACAUCUUUGCUGCACAAGCAUUACGAAGAGGACAAACAUACUAUUACGGAACACGUACAUUCCCAAUGCUUCCGGCCGCUUUCACGGGUUCGAAAGAGUUUGGGUUAUCUUUGGGAGACCUUUUGGAGUCCGGGAAGUCUCAGCGCGUCCUGACCUUCAGUUGUAAAGUCAACCUCAAGGGCGACAUACUCGACUACAAGGUCCGAGGCGGCUUGGUAAAGAACAUCAAUCUCUUGACAUACCACUCUGUCAAUGACGCUCUGGGAUAUCCUCUUCAUUCCAAUGUUUAUCCAUUUGGUGACAAACCCCCUCUUUCAGCUCGUCACUCCUUGUCCGAUAAACACGUCGAGGAGCUCCGUAUGUUAGAUCAGAUUGCGCGUGCAUGUGUGGCGCGACGGUUCAGGGACAACAUCUACAUUACUAGUAGCAGCAAAGCCGAUAUUCAGUUCGACGACGUUUCCUCGAUACGCUCUCUCACGAUGGAUCCUGGGCAUUUCCGCGGGUUCGUUGGCAUGGCUUACUCGGUUGAGGACGCCAAACGGGCAGAUUCGGGUGCACGCAGCCUCGUUGCUGAGUCAAUGAAGCUUGCGUGUCGUGUGGCAUCGCGAUUUUUCUUAGAGCAUAAUAUACCGGCCCUUCGGCGCACUCUGCAAGCACCAACGCAUACAUCGGAUACAGAUCUGCAAAAAAUUCUUGACAUGAGAACUCCAAACGCCUAUGUCGAGCGUACAUCCGCCCUUCCCUAUGUCCUUGCAGAGUCGAAGUCAUCGUACUCACUGGAACCUCGUGGACACCACCAAAUAGGUAGUCCAGAUGGUGAAGGAUACGUGCGGGUUACUUCUCCCUUGCGACGUGCGGCUGACUUGCAAGCACAUUGGCAACUCGUCAAUGCCCUACGUGGCACAAGGAAACCGUUAUUCAGCCCCGAGGAAUUGAUGCAGUACACAGAAGUCUUUUGGACAGCUGAUCGUUACAACAAGCGCAUGGAAGGCCGUAAUCGUGCGCUCGGGCAGGUUUAUUAUCUGCAGCAAUGGUUAGCAAAUCCUGCUCUGCGUGCCGACCGGCCCGAUCCCCUGCAGAACUUGGAGGGAGUCGUGAUGGAUGUUCCCUUCUCGCAUGUCAGUACGAAAAAGUAUCUUACAGUGGUACAAAUCGAGUCGCUGGGUUUGCGGGCAUUCCUUGGAGAUAUGGUCAACAUUGACGAUGCACCACUUGGUGCAACGGUUCCCAUGAAGCUCAGUCAUGUUACGACUGGAUGUCGACCGAUGAUACACAUGUCGCUGCGAUAGAUUUUAAGCAUGGCAGGAGUGUAUAUUUUGUAAAGUAUGGCUUUGUAUAAUACACAUCACCACUCUUAAAAGUCGAACAUUUCGAUCUAAUCUAAUCUAAUGUGAUCUCGUACGAUUUUUUAAAAACGA